AUGUCGGCCCACGGCCGGGUGCAGGCUGCCAUCCUGAAAGACGAGAAGCCGGUGGAGUGGGCCAAUGCCGAGGGCGCGAAGGCUGGCACCAAGGUGAUGCUCGUACAGCGACCAGAUGAUGAACCUGGAGUUCUCGAAGAGGCUGGAGACCUUCUCUACGACGCGGGCGCCGCAGUGGGCGACGGUGCCAAGGUCGUCACUGGCACCGCUUUCGGCGCUGUGGGUGCCAUCAGCGACGGCCUUGGCAUCACCGAAAACGCCAGCCGAGACCUCCAAGAAGGGGCACACGACGGCGUGGACCUUCUCACAGGCACCGUCGGGGCCGUCGUCGACACAGUCGGAGACGGUAUCGCCGGCACUGCUGACGAUUUUGCCGAGAAGGGCGUGAUCGACACCGUUGGUGACGCCGCGAACGAUUCUCUUGACAUGGUCACGGGUUUCGUGCAGGAUGCCGUGGUUGGCGUCGCUGAUGGAGUUGGUGGUGUGCUCGAUUGGGCAUUCGGCACCGCCGACAAGGAUAUACCAGCGGGUCCAGCUUCACACAAGGUCCUCAUAGAGGUCAAGGACUUGAUCGGCGAGGAGCGGUCCCUGGGGUUGCGUCUCGAGGACCGGGUGCUGACCAGGUUCACCAAGCCAGAGGCCGAGGGCAUGGGCUGGAAGCUGGGCGACUGCAUCAUCGGCAUGCGAGCGGGCCCAGUCCAGACUCAGGACGAGAUGCUUGCCGCCAUCGCCUCAGAGAAGGAGAACCUGAAGAACAACGGCACGCCCAUGAGGUUCGUGGUGGAGCGCGCGGGCCCCAAGCCCGCGGGCCAGACUUCGGCGAACGGCGCCAAGGUCGGGAGCGUCGUGCGGGUCCACGGGAGGGCGGCACAUGUGGUGCAGGUGGACGCUGGAACGGGCGAUCUGAUCUGUCAGUUCCAGGACGACAAAUCGUUCGUCCGCGUGAGAGCUUAG